GCCUUGAGGGACCCCGGGGCGCCGCCAGGCCUUCCUAUGCGGAAUUGGACGACUUUGCCCCCUUUACUUGGGUAUUUGAUUUGACACGGGAUAUCAUGUAGCCCAGGCUAGCCCCUAGCCUCCUCCACCUCGUGCGUAACUGACAGGCUUGCGGCCUGGCGGGUGUCGCCGGAUGCUGGGCUGAGCCGGGGCUUCGUGCAGGCCGGGCCCGCGUUUGACCACUGAGCUUAAGUACUUGGAGACAGGGUCUCCUGGGACCGGUCAUCCUCCUGCUCCACCAUCUGCUUCCCGGGCCUGCCCAGCCUGCAGCCUUUUGAAUUAGCGGGAGGCCCCAGCCCUAGAGCAGCACUCUCGGACCCACGAGAUCCUUGGUCUCCUCUGUUGUUGCUCUGGGUGAGUCGGGAGGUGGAGCCACGCAAUGGCUGCCAGCUCCCGUGGGCCUGCUUCGUGUGUGCUGGUUAAGUCCAUUUCCAAGAUGUGACUGUCCUAUGAUGGACAUCAGAGGUGAGGCCGCCACACCUGCCUCAUUAAACCCAGGGACCGCUGGGUGGCGGCGGAGCCCGGAAUGCCUUGAGCUUGCCACAGCCUGUCAGUCCAGUUUGUUACAUGUGCAUCUGCUGCAGUCUUUGCUGGUGUCUACAUGGCUACAGGGGCCGCCCCUCCUCUAUCCGACGCCGUCCGGUUCCAUGUUAAUUCAUCCGUGAAGGAAAACACCUGUGUGGGUUCCUACUGCCAAGAACCCGGCCCUGUAGAUCACAUGCUGAGGAGGCUGCCGCCAUGGUCACGGAACAGGAGGUAGCUGCCAUAGGGAAGAUCUUAGUGGAUUCCAAGCAGCCCCUGCAGGCCCGCUUCCGGGCCCUGUUUACGCUGCGGGGACUUGGGGGUCCCGAUGCGAUCGCCUGGAUCAGCCGGGGCUUUGAGGACAGCUCUGCACUUCUGAAGCACGAGCUAGCCUACUGCCUGGGCCAGAUGAGGGACCCGCGGGCCGUCCCUGUGCUGGUGGGCGUGCUGCAGGACACGAGCCAGGAGCCCAUGGUUCGUCAUGAGGCAGGGGAAGCCCUGGGGGCAAUCGGUAACCUGGAAGUUCUAGGCCUCCUGAGGCAGUAUUCUACCGACCCAGUAGUCGAGGUGGCUGAGACAUGCCAGCUUGCCGUCGGCCGUCUAGAGUGGCUGCAGCAGCAUCCGGAGGAGGCCACAUGGACCGGACCCUACCUCUCAGUGGACCCAGCACCCCCUGCGGUGGAGCAGGAUGUGGGGCGGCUGCGGGAGGCCCUGUUGGAUGAGGGGCGGCCACUCUUUGAGCGGUACCGUGCCAUGUUUGCCCUGCGCAAUGUGGGUGGCAAGGAGGCUGCCCUGGCCCUGGCUGAAGGCCUGCGCUGUGGCAGCGCGCUCUUCCGCCACGAGGUGGGCUAUGUGCUGGGUCAGCUGCAGCACGAGGCGGCCGUGUCUGAGCUGGCAGCCACGUUGGCACGGACCACUGAGAGCCCCAUGGUACGACACGAGUGCGCAGAGGCCCUGGGUGCCAUCGCCAGGCCUGCCUGCCUGGCUGCACUGCGGGAGCACAUCACGGACCCUGAGCGAGUGGUGCGGGAGAGCUGCGAGGUAGCCCUGGACAUGUAUGAGUACGAGAACGGCCAGGACUUCCAGUAUGCAGACGGGCUGGAGCGACUGCGGCCGCCACCCUAACCCGCCCCGUGUACUGUGUGGCUCUGCUGCUUGUGCCUCCCAUCCAGAUUUAGGGAGCUGAGCAGCUGAGGGGCCUUGUUUCCCACUCUUCCCUUUGUACCUGCCUUGCUGGGCAGUGCCACCUGGUGCCCUGCACACCAGCACAGAUGGCAGCGUGGAAGGUGGCAAGCAUUGGGAAUGACCCAGCUUAGGAAGCUGUUGGGAAGCCGGGCGGUGGUGGCGCACGCCUUUGAUCCCAGCACUUGGGAGGCAGAGGCAGGCGGAUUUCUGAGUUCGAGGCCAGCCUGGUCUACAGAGUGAGAUCCAGGACAGCCAGGGCUACACAGAGAAACCCUGUCUCGAAAAACCAAAAAAAAAAAAAAAAAAGGAAGGUGUUGGGAAGGUUGUGGGACCUGGGUCGGGUGUAUGGAGUGCAAGCCAGCCCCUGGGUAUUGCAUGAAUAAAAUAAGUUAUUUUUCACAAGU